AUGUUUGCUACUAAAAAUGGAACAAAAAUAGUGCGAGGCCUAGUGGCCGUCGUCCAGAAUACGAAGACUCCGAGCUUCUGUCGGCUCCCAUCAACUUCUUUCGGUUGGUUUUGAUUGAAUAACUUUGAGAACACCUAGGAAAGCAAGUAAAGUUGUUUUAUGGAAAAUUUUAGACAAUUACCAUCGAGGAAACUUUUUUUAGUUCCAGAUCAUUGGCUCUGAAAAAGUUUAUUUGUAGAUCUCAUUCUCCAUGUACCCAGUGAUUACGUCCUUUUCAAUUAAAAAAAUUUAUUUUUUUGGCAAAAGUUGCUAUUUUUUUGUAUUUGUCGAUUUUUCCAAUUAAAAGGUUUUUUUAAUAAAGUUAUCAAAGCCUUCUUUAUUUUAAACAUUUUUUUACAUCGUUUUUUUGGGUCAAUGCUCCCUAAAUUCAGAACUCAAGUUAGAAUUUGCUCUGCAAAAAUAUUUUCCAGUAUAAAUAUGUAUAAUACUGAUUGAAAAUUAUAUUUCCAGCACCCCCAGCCACACGACUUUUGUCAACAGCCCCGCCGAAAAUUGUUCCAGCCACGAAUAGAAAAGAAAAUGGGAAUUUACCCACUAAGGAAACUCUUUUGAGGAUCGAUUGGCUGCUGGAGAAAGUGGUUAGUUGCUUUUAUUUAAUUAAUCAAACGUAGAAAUGUCGAACAAAAGUUUUUACCCAUCAUCCAUUUGAAAAUUUUUUUUUGUGUUCUUCUUUCAAAAAGAAAAACAUUGAAGAACAAAGCAACACAGGCAAAGACGGAAGUGUCGAAAAAGGGGACAUAGAAAUGUUCUUUUUAAGGUGGCAAGGGUUCCUUUUUUGUUGCCAUUUUGUCAUUUCAUCGGCUUUUUUGCACCAUUUUUUGCUGUCCAUCCCUAUUUCUCUCAUUUCUUGAGUCUUUAAAAUUCUGAAAAAAAAAUAAGGCUCGAUAAAUGGACUUUUUUUUGAGACUCUCCCUUCUAGCAGCCAUUAUCCACCAUUCCGACUUUGCCCGAGAAGACGUCUUCAAGUUAGAACUUAAUAAAUUCAAAUUGUGUUUGAUUUUUUUGAAAAAAAUGAAAGACACUUUUCGCUAGCUAUGAUUACAGUUUAAUGAGAUUUUUUUCUGUACGAGUUUUCUGAAUAUCAAAAAUAAAAAAACGAAAAAUACCUUCAAUUCGAGGCCCCACUUGUCCUGAAAUCACACGUGCGCAAUUUUAUCGACAUUUGCAAGGAAGAUGUUCAGCUGGAGGAUCGUCUUUUCAAUUAUAAAGUUUGAUUUUUUUCCUUCAACACAAUUAAAUUCAACUUUUUUUCUUCCAGGUAUCGAGCAGAUCCGCCCUGAUGACGCAUAUUGCCAAGAUCCGGCUAUAUUAUCGAUAUUUAUCGCCUUUUAACAAAGUUGAAGUCAGUUUUUGAUACAAUAGAACCCGAUUUUAUUUUUCGAAAAAUCAAAGUUAUUGUCUUUUGAAGCGUUUUCUUGAACAAAAACUUCGAAAAGGAGCAUUUAUUUUUUUUUUUCCGGGUAACAGUGCGAAAUUUUUGCUCAAAAUAAUGAAUGCAGUUAUUUCGAGGUUCUUUUUCAUCAAAAUUUACGUUUCGGUCUUUGAAGUCGUUGUUAAAAGACAUGCGUUGAAAAAUUUAAAAAAAGUCUUUUGCUGAAGCUUUAAAAACACCCUCGAGUGUUUACGAGCAACUAAAUUUCAUGAAUUUAAUUUUUUUAAUAAUCCUCACAUAUAAUUGAGAUUUUUUUCAAUUUUUUUCAGUGGAUCGGAUCCUGUGUUUAUGAAAACGAAGACGUUGUCGUCGUCCUCUGGCGGUUACAGACGCUCGAAUCCAGUUUUCUAUCCUAUUUUCCCUCUUUCAUCACUAAAAAAGAAGUUUUUUUGAUGAAUGGAAAGGAUAAAAAUAGAUUAUUUGAGCAAAAAUUGAUUACCCGAGAAGGAGCUUUGGAUGUACAUGUUGACUCCGCCGGCAACGUUUACAAAAUUGUUAAUAGAGCCGUGAGUUUUUGAAGUUUUGGGUUUGAAAAAACUAGCAAGGCGCAAGAGAUAAAUAAUAAAUUAAAUAAACUUUGAAAUAAGGCUUGGAUUUUUAUUUAAUAAUUCUGAAAAGAAUAGAACUAAUGCGAAAUAUUUAUUUUUUCUAUCUGUUACUUUGGAAUUCUAGAGUGAUUCAUAUAGAAUGAAAAAAAUUAAGGAGGCUCUAUGAGUCUGACCCUCAGCCCCUAUAGGGGUUAGGCGAAAAACAGCUGCUUUAAGGGACGAAAACCCCUAGAGGGACCGCUCUGUAGUCCCUGAGAUGGUUUGAGAAAAUUUUUGUGGAGAAUUCGAAAGGGUUGCGAACAAUUUGAGAAAAGAAGAGUUUGCAGUGAUUCCUGCGAAGGCAUGGAAAACUUAAAUUAAAAAUAAAGGAAUGAAAAGUUAAUUUUAAAUCAUAUAAAUAUAUAAUGGAUUUUUUCUUCAGAUCACAGCCUCUGAUCGAGAAGGCGCCAAAGCUUUGGCCAAAAUCAAGGCGACACAAGAAUCCGCUCGACAAAAGGAAGAAGAGAAAGAAAUGCGGAAAGAAUUUGACCGACAGUUUGAAAAUUAAAUUAAAAGGAAGUUUUCACUGGUCUCAUUGUCCUUUUUGCCAUCAAUUGUAGUCUUUUCAGGAAGAUUGGAAAAUGCGAGGGAAAAUUUUAGAAAUUAAAGUUUGAGAAAUAGUGUAGAAGUUUCGGAGACCUAAACCUAGGGGCUAGUUUGAAAGUCUCAAGUGAUAAUUUUAGUAAUUCUCUCGCCAGUUUCAAUUUUCUAUAGAUUAUUAGUUCUGUUUUUAUUUCUUAGUUUUCCUAUCGUGAUAGAUUGUUGUCUUUUUAUAUUUCGUGUUGUUAGCUUUUUUUCCCUUUUUUCCUUGAUUUUAAAUAAACUUUAUUGAAUGAGCUGGAAUAAGGAUAUUCCGAAGACGUUUUUGACGUCAAUUUUAUUGAAGCUUGUUAAUUAUUAAUUAUAUAUAAAAAAAUCUGUUUCAGAUUUGUAUAUGUAAAAAAAUCAGGCAGAAACUUCAAAAAAAAAUUGAAAAAUGCUGUCUUCAAAUGAAAAAAACCACGGGUGCAACAAAUUCCAACAAAUGAGGCCAAUAAUGGAACGAAGAAGCUCCAAGAGAAACGUUUCGUCGUGCAAAACGACUGGAACGUCGUCUUGAGGUGUUCAUUUUGUAAAUUAUACGUAGUUUUAAAGAAUCGUCCUUGUAUUUACAACCCCUUCAAAAACCGUUUCGUUAUUUUUUUGAAAAAUUUACAAUUUUCGAAGGUAGAAAAAUUAAAAAAAGGGUAGAAAAACUUUUUAAAAAAACUAGAAAAAUUUUUUUUGGUUUGAAUUUUCGAAUAGCUAGUUCGGCCGUGUGAAAUUGAUUUUUCAUAAAGAGCCUUCAAAAAUAAAUUAUUUUUUUCAGGUACAAAAAAAUGUAAGAACUUCAAAUUAUUAUAAUCCUUAUGUUGCUCAUUUUCUAGAGACGCUGUUGCCAACUUUUUCAUUGGUAUCCGUGAACCGAAUUCCGAAAAAACAUCCUUUUUCGAUGUCCAAUCAACAAAAAUGAUUGACGAAUUAUCCUUCACGGUUUUUCAAAGGCACAGCAACACCGGGGAACCUGAUUUAUCACUAAAAGUCGAUGAAAAAGUGGUUAACCAAUUAAAAAACAAGCUUUUUAUCCCUUUUUUAAAGAACAAUUUGGUCAUAAAGCAUGGCGAUCACUUCACGAAGUUUAUCCCGCCGAUUUCCGAGGUUAUUCAUUUUUCAUUCCCAUCAACUUUUGGAAUUUCUAGAUGGAAAUUCCCGGAUUACAAUCAGCCCCUCAUUCGAUCGAUGUCACGACUUCGAGCAAUUUUUCCUAUAUUGCCGCUGAUUCCAGUGGAAAUUUCGUGAAUUCGAUGGUCGUUGAUAGGACAAAAACGGUGAAAAUUCUGAUAAAUGCUCGGGCAAAGUCGGAAUGGUGGAUAAUGGCAGCCUAAAGAGAGAGGCUUAAAAAAGGCUGUUAAAAGGCAGAAAAAAGAGUCCCUUUUUCGAGUCUUCCAUUCUUUCUGGGAUUUUGAAGGCUCAAGAAAUGGUGCAAAAAAAGUCGAUGAUAUGGCGCAAAACGGCAGAGAAAGGAAUCUGUCACCCUAGAAUUAACAUUUCUAUGGAACCGUUUUUCACCCUUCAGACUUUGUUUAUGUGAUUGGGUCCGAAAAUGAACUCGAAAAAAAGGUUCUCUAGGGGAUCUCAUAAACUCGAAUUUCGCGGAAAAUUUGUUUGUUGACCUUUUUCUAUGAACCUAUUCAGGAAAUAAUCAGUACAUACUCAAAAAAAGGUCAUAUUUUAAUAGAACAGCAAAAAAGGUUACCGUAUACACUUUGCAUUAUAAAACUGCAAAAAAGAAGGUAUUGAAACGAAGUUUUUCAAACUUGGUCCAAUGUGGUAUUCGGUCUUUUUUGCAAUAAAAAAGCAAAAAAAAAACUGAAUAUGCUAUAUUUCUCCUUUUUAUUAAUAAUUUUUGGAACAUCGACAAAAAGGUUGAAAUGUUACAGUUACCCCUGAAGGGACAUGCGAUGGACGUUUAUAAAUGUCGAUUCUUCCCAUCAGGAUCUGUGGCCUUGUCUGCCGGCAUGGAUAUGACUGUCAGGUACAGUUUCAAAACAAAAACUUAUUUUUCAUCAAUUUUUCAGAAUCUGGGCAAUCGACAAUGGAAACUGCGCCAGGACCCUGAAAGGACAUAAACUUGGUAGGAAAAAAAAUCGAAAACUUUUUGAAAACUUUUCCCAGCUGUUACCGAUAUUUGUGUACUUGGAGUCGGAAAAAACGUCCUCUCGUGCUCCAACGACGGUUCCGUUAUCAAGUUUGUCUUUUUCAAUUUUGUUAGAUUUAAAGUUUUCAAUUUCAGAUGGAACUGCGGCAGCUCGGAAAUUGUUCAAAAAUGGGACUUCCAUUUGGGAAAGUGCACGGGCCUCGCUUUGAGCAAAGGUAUACAAUUUUUCCUUUUUCUGGAUUGAAUAGUCACGCCCCUUUUUGAAAGUAUUUAAUUUGUAGGUUAAUAGGGAAAUUUUUAAAAAAAUUGUAGGUUACUAGGGAAAUUUUAAUUACUCACUUUAGGGAUUUGAUGUCUUAUUGAACCCUAUAAUAGGCGAAUUAGUGGCUACUAAGGUGACUAAAGGUUAGUGGCCUCUUCAGGAAUCUAAGUUUUAUUACUAGAUCACUAAAACAUACUGUAGUGGCCAUUAAGAAGGAGAAUAGUGGCUUCCAUAGAGGUGGUUUUAGUGGCCUAUUCAGUGUCCUCUCUAAGCAGUCCUUGAAGGACCUCUUAAGUGGCUGCAGUUUUCCCUCUAUAGCCCGUUUUCCGCGACUUGAAAGAGCGAGAUUUCUCUGUGCCCUCGUCUCUCGACGACCAUCUCAUGUUGAAAUGCUAUUUAAAUUUUUCUCUGACCUUGCCGGUGAGGGAACAGAGAGACGCAGACAAUCGAAAAAUGUGUAGUCAGGGAGGACGGAUUAUACUUCAAGUGACUUAGUUUUCUCCACUAUUAUUGCAACCGUUUUUUUUCUUUUAAUAACCUCUGGUUUGGUAUUCAUCAGCUUUGAGAAGAAUAACGAAAGUGAAUAAUUCAAAAUUUCUCUACUUUUUUCAGAUGAACAAUUCUUUGCUGUUAUUUGCGACGCGAAGAAUUUGGUUGUUUGUCCCUUGGAUGACGGAGUAUGUUCAUUCCGAUAAAACGCCGAUAAAAUAAUAAAAAUGGCUUCCAGAAUAAAUCAGUGAUCAAGCUACCGUCGGAGCCCAAAGCCGUUUGUUUUUCGGCUGGCACUUCGGAUUCGCUAGUUUUUGUCGGAUUCGACUCGGGUGUUGCUGUCUACAACAGUGGCGAUGGGUGAGGAAUUUGAAUUUUUGAUAGUUCAUUUGUUGGAACAUUUGAAGCCGCAAAGUAAAAUUAAAAACGAUUUUUUUUUAAAUAUUUAACAGAAUAAUUUUUUUUUUCCAGUUCACGUUCGAAUCUUCGUAGCUUGAAAAGACUGUUAAACCAGAGGGCGUUCAGAGAAAAAAAAAAGACCCGCACUCUUAUAUUUGAACACUCAAACUUUCUAAGAAUCGAACCUAGACUCAAUUUUUUCCCUUUCUCAUUUAAGAGGCUUGUGAAUGCACUUUUCAACCUAAACUUUUUUUUCAGGUCUUGCUUGGCACAACUGAGCUCUUCGCGAGGAGCUGUAACUUGUCUGCGAAGCAACGGCCAGCAUCUUCUUGUUGCUCAUAGUGAUUUCAUUUCUUGAAAAUUUAUUUUCUUCUUUCUUGAAAAAUUCAACCAAUUGAAAUUCAUUAUUACUUCCAAUAAUUUUUAAGAAUGUUAAGUACCUAGAAGGGCAAACUUAAAUGCACUCGAAGGAUUUUUCUAGAGACCAUCUUACCUUCCCCUAUAGAGACAUUAAAGCUUGCAAAAGAGGCGAUUCUAGUGGUUUUUGUUAGUGGCCACUCUAGAGAGCAUCCUAGUUGUUCAAUCUGUAUAAAAAUUGAAAGAAUCCUAUAGGGGCCCCUUUAGAGGCUUAAGGUUAGACCGUAAACCCCUAUAUGAACCACCGGAACUUUGCCCUAUAGAGGUCCUUUUUUUCCUAUUUCUUUUAGAGACCACUCCUCUAUUUCAGACGAUGGAACGAUCGCCGCCUACCGUAUUCCUCUGCUGAGCGACUUCAACACCAAUUUCUCCGUUUUCUGUCCAGAAUUCGAGCUGAGCGGCCCAGACUGCGAUCCCGUCUACGAUUUCACCAUUGUCGACGAGAAACUCUAUUCUUGCUGUAGAGAUAAAAUGUUGAGAACCUAUGACAUUUCAAUCUUGAACUCUUAAUUUUUAUUUUUUCUUUGUUGUACAAAAUUUUUUGUCCUUAUCAGUUAAUAUCUUGAUACUCGUUUGAUUGCAUGCGGGAAUAAAUUUUAUCUCAUUGAGAUUAUUUCUUGUUGGAAAAGUGGCCUGAAAAGCUUUCCAGUUAUUUUUUCAAUUAUCUUGAGAAAUUUAGUCUCAAUGAGCCGUUCAAGUGCGCUCCAUGGAACGGUGAGCGAAAAAAUGGCUGCGAAUGCCGCUUUUUAACUGAGAGUGCUCAAUUGAACACCAAGAAGUCAUUGACAUACAAUUUCAAUUGACUUACAAUUUUCUUAGCUUUCCAUCAUUUUCUCCUUGAGCGCUCUCCCCAAAAAAAAAAAUCGUAGUUUGACUAAUUCAAAGUUAAGCCAAUCCUUAAUGUCCAUUGAGCACAAAUAAACACUUCAUCGAGGCCGAAUCUCUCAGAGUAAACCCCAAUAUUUUUUUACUUUGAGCGGAAUGAACACAAGUUUCCUGAGGUCAACUUCGUUGGCCAGUAAUCAGAUCCGUCAGAAAACGGUCAAAUUCAAACCCAAGGUAGAUAAUAAAUCAGAAAAGACGUUUGAAGAAAGUUAUUGACAGAUCGCCCGAACUCACCAGUUGAAGACCCCUUCAAUCUUGGCUCUCGACCAUUUCGACUUCUACUAUGGGCCUCUGUUCGGGAAAAAGUGGCCGAGCAUUCGACUGGGCCUUCUUUCGUCCAAUCGCUACGUGGCUGUCAUGAACACAAUGUCGAAGUGGGAAUAAGGACCAAUUGUUGUCAGAUUUUUUGAUUCUCGAAACAAUCAUUAAUGGAUUUAGGUGGAGCUUCAGGUUUGAAAUUGAGUUCAAGCUUGUUGGAAAAGUAGAAAAAUUGUAAAGGUCCACAAACUUUGUUGUUGAAAAUUUCAAAGGGUUUUAUUUUUAUGGAGUGAUUGUGGAUGGAUUGAGUACUUUUAUAUCGUUCUUGAAAGCUUGCUGAAGCUCCAAAAAAGCUGUAAAUGCACCCUUUGGAAUAAUCGACAUGAAAAAUAUAUAUUUCCGCACUUCAUCCCGAAAAAACUGAAGCUUAGCGAACCAAAGCUAAGUUCAGCAGGCUGAAGUUUAAAAAUUUGAAAGAAGCCCAUACUUCAACUCAAUAAGUUUUAAUCAUAUGAACAAAAAAUUCAUCCGUAGAGAGGAAAUAGGGCAAAUUUGCGGAAAAAGGUCGGGUUUAAUUAUAAAAAUACGACUUCGCCUCAUGUGAGGAAUCGAGAAGCUUUUAUGGUUGAUCAGGUUAAUAAUUUUUGAUUAGACAUACCAUGUUCCCAUAAACUUACCGGGACGCCCUUUCCGCUGUUCAGUUGGAUUUUCCAGAAAUUGGAGGGCUCACGACGAAAUCCUGUCCGACCUGGGCACUAUCGACGUCCUGCAGAAGAUCCGAGGCGGAACGGCCGAAGAACGAGUCGACGCGAUGAGAAGACGCAUCGGGGAAAGUUCUCAGCGCGAGGCUGAUGAACUGCGAAAAGAUUUUGUAAAUCUACUUUUUCUUUUAAAUUUUCAACAAUUUCUAUUCGUUUACAGGCAAGCACUUCCGGAGAGCAAAAACCACCGUCACGGACGGAAGAUUUCGAAGAGGACCUGGAGAUGAGAACAGCGGCAGGCUUGGGGGAAUUCCGAGGGAGUCGUGGCGAACUCACCACCGCAGACUUGCAGUUGAACCAAGGACCAGCCAAGAAAAGCUUUGAGUUCGUAUUUCCAAGCUUCUUGACUCUCGUAGAACAACUUCUCUGAUUGACUGGCCACGCCAGUCAAUCAGAGAAGUUGAUCCAUUUUUGAUCCAUUCCCUAUUGGAGACUUCUUUCACUCCUUUUCAAGCUUGACAUGCAUGUUCAUACACUACGGGACAGUUUUGUCGUGUCAAGUGAAGACUAAAGAGACACUUACACCACUUGAGUGAUCACUGAGCGGUUCAGACUCGUCCGUAUUUUCAUUUGAAUUUAUUUUUUCAGGAUAACCGGCUACGAAGGCGCGUCAGUUCGGAUACCAAAGCGGGAACAUUUUAUUGAAUACCCGAAGUAAGAGUUCAAAAAAAAGUUCGAAAAUCAGAAUUUCCACUUUUACGUGAUCUGCUACCGUUUUUCUUCAAAAUUUAAAUUUUAUUCUGAAUUGAAUUUCUAAUAUCCAACAUGUGGAGCAUCCAUCAUUUUUUACUCAUCACUAUAUUUAUAAAAAUAAGAUUUUUUUCUUUUGAAUUUUCGAUUUUUUUAAAAACAGUCUGCGUGUCUUUCUGAAACCUUCUCUUCUAAAACCUAAUAAUUUCAGGAACCUGCACAUCCGAUGCUUCGACAGAGCGGUUUUGAUGGAUUUUCCGUCUCCAAUGAAGGACGAGGCUGGAGUUCCAAGUUAGCUUGGUCAACCAAUCAGACAAGUCCUGGAUUUCUUCAGGCUACUGGCUCCUGGACGGCGGCUCCUUGAUCCCAGUCCUUGCCCUCGGUCUUCAGCAAGACGAUUCAGUUCUCGACGUUUGUGCGGCGCCUGGCGGCAAGAGUCUUCUAACAAUCCUCAGCAGGCUUCCAAGUGAAAAUUCUUAAUUCCUCUCACUUUUAUCAACCAACCAGGGAAUGGUCCCCGAACGCAGUGGGACUUCUCAACCAAAUAGCUUUCUACGCUGAUUCCAAAUCUGGUUUAAGAACUGCCGAGGGAUCUGUGAGAAAAAUUUGGGAGCUUUUAAGAGUCGAAAAUUUGAAUGUGUCCGAUUGAGCUCAUUUGCAGAAGUUUCAUAUAUCUUGUCCAUCUCAUAACGUAAAACCGAUUAUAUUUGUUCAAAAUUUUUUUUUAAAACCUGGACAUGAUUUUUCAAAGCACUGCCACAGAUGAGGGAAAAUAAAUCUAGACGUUAGAAUUUUUGGAUUUUGAGAGCCCCCAACUUUUUUUCACAAUUUUUCUAAUUUUAAAUCUUCUGGUGAGAAGUUAGUAUACCUCUACUGAAAAUUGAUUUUCUAGGAAAAGUCGUGUGCAAUGAUUUCAAGCUAACGAGGCUUGGCCAGCUCCAAAGAGCCCUGAAUACCUACGUCCCAGAUGAUGAGGUUUUAUCCAAGCCAAAAUUUUUGACCAUAUGCGUUUUUCAGGUCGCUGAUACGGUCAGGCUAAAGCGGAAAAAUGCUGGCGAUUUGGAAAUGUGGGACGAGCUCAACGCUUAUGACAAGGUCGAUUCUUGGGAUCGAAGUUUGAAAAGGAAAGUUCAGGUCCUGGCCGAUGUUCCCUGCUCGACGGACCGACUCUCGGCCUCGACCGACGUCGGCAACAUUUUCAGCCCCGCCACAACCCAACAACGUCUCGAUCUGCCGCUUCUCCAGACGAAGAUCCUUGUGUAAGACUUUGAAGUUUUUAAAUAUCUGUCCGUCAUUUUAAUGAAAAAGGAGCUCAGAUGAACCUUAUAUCUCAGUGAGACUUUCAUGGAGAAAACUGAUUCGUCGCUCGUCACUUAAUUUUUUUCCUUCUCAAAAGGAGGGUGUUUUACUUUGCGAUAGGCAUAUUCCUGAAAAUUGGCUAGAGCACUUUUCGAUGUACCAGAAGAAGGUCCUGAGAAUCCUGACCUGUACAACUUUUAGGUAAUUGAAAAACGGCACCUCGAAAUCAAAAAAGAAGUCUAAAAAUCCUUAAAAAAAAGCUUUUUUUUGAGUUUUUUCCCUUAUUUUUCGAAAACUAGAAAGUUGUGACGUUCAGAAUAUUUUUUGGGUUUAUUUAAAGGUUUUAUGAUAAUAUUUCAGGAAAUUUUAACUGCGAAGUAAAAUAACCUUCCUUGUCCGAAAUCUUAAAGAGUUUAGCCUUUAGGCAUGAAAAUUUCCUUCAAAAAGACAUAUUUCCGUCUUUUUUUUCGAGCUGUUCAUGAAAAAAAAAUCUGGACAAAAAAAAACCGGAAAAAAUGACAAGUUUUGCUCUUCUCAACCUUUGGAAAGGUAUCAUUUCUUUUUCGAAUCCCUAACUUUGUCUCCCUCAAUUAGCCAGAGAGCUCAUUUGUCCGCGGCUAUUUUAUCUCGGCUGUUUUGUCCGAGGCUCAGUUGUUCACGGCUAUUCUGUCAUAUGCCAGUCAAAAAGCGAACAGCCGCGAAUACUCAACGGCGCCUCGACUUGUCACUUUUGCAAAAGGCGAUCCUUGCGUGACCUCUCAUGGAAUUCAAAUACGAAAAAAAAAAUCUUGACCUUUUUUUUAUUGGAAUUUGUGGGUUUUCCGAAAGUUAUACAGUUUUAACAUAUGAAAAAAUAAUAAAUAGUUGAACUUUUGAAAAUAGAGACUUUUUUUUGUGAAAUUAAAAAAAAAAUGGGGAGUUGUGUUUAACUAUGAAGAAAAUUUCCCCAGCUACGGUUGGACUUAUCUUAGAUUUGGUGAAAAAGGUCUUCGGUUUUUCCUAUAAAUUAUUCAUGCUUGGAAAAAAAGGCCUGAUCAAAGUAAACGGCUUUUUUUGUAUUGUGCGGAACCUAUUCGAACAUAAAAUAAUAAACAAAUAAAAUAAAAGCAUUCUUCCUGACUUUUUUCUCACAAAGUAAAUUUUUGGAAACCGUGAAAAAAUAAGAUUACAGUAACUCCCUGCGAGCGGCAAAGAUUGGUGGAAGCGUUGUCUAUUCAACGUGCACCUUGUCGCCCAGCCAGAACGAGGUUCAACUUCGGACUUUCAUUUUGUUCAAUCAUUUCUUGAUUUUAACUUCUAAAUCUCCCUUUUCAGGCUGUCGUACAAAACGCGGUCGGUGUUGCUAAACAGCAAUAUGGAAUUGAGGUCGGUAUUAGCUGUGAAAAAAUUUUCAUCAACGGAGUCGGAAUGUUUCCAAAAAGAUCAACUUCAGGUCGUCGAAGAAUCUCUAAACCAGUUGACUGGACAUUUGACGUCUUCGGGCCUCUUCCGAUUCCAUGACACAACUGUUGGCGCCCUCGUUAUCCCUUUCCUACCUUCUAAUUUUGGACCAAUGUAUGUGUGUAAACUGACACGAUUGCAAUAA